UCGACACAUGUGCCUACAGUGUGGGCCAUCGAUCAGUAUCGAAUCUACAAGGAUGUGCUUGAGCGGUCCUGGGAGGUAGUGGAUGGCGUAAAUGUCUCGUUACGACUCUGGGAUACAUUUGGUGAUCAUGACAAGGACCGAAGAUUCGCUUAUGGACGGUCAGAUGUCGUACUGCUAUGCUUCUCCAUUGCCAGCCCAAUAUCGUUGCGCAAUUGCAAGGCUAUGUGGUAUCCGGAAAUACGCCGUUUCUGUCCAGACGUACCCGUCAUAUUGGUAGGAUGUAAAAAUGAUUUACGUUAUAUGUAUCGCGACGAAACAUAUUUAUCGUACUUUGGCGAGCGAAGCACCUUCGUGCGUGCUGCGCUGAAAAGUGACCUCGUCAUGCCCGAUGAGGCGCGUGCCGUUGCCAAGGAGCUGGGUGUAGCCUAUUACGAGACCAGCGUCUUCACCUACUUCGGUGUGAAUGAAGUAUUCGAAAAUGCCAUACGUUCGGCGUUGAUUGCGCGCCGACAGCAACGUUUCUGGAUGACAAAUUUGAAAAAAGUACAAAAACCGUUGCUGCAGGCACCAUUCCGACCGCCCAAACCGCCACCACCAGAAGUCACCGUUGUGGUGGGCAAUUACAGACAAGACAUGUAUAACAUGUUAAUUUCACAAACACACACGGAUCUCAUACUGGUGGUGGGUACGAGUAAAUUUCCGGUACAUCGGUUUAUGUUGGCGGCUGCGUCGAACGUCUUCUAUAGGCUAUUGAAUACGGAAUUAACGGAUAUGGGUGGUAGGAGUAGUAGUGAAUCGAGUAUGGUGAGUUCUACCUUCGGCGAAGCUACCACAGCGGAUUUCAAUGAUGAUACUGAGUGCUUGAUAAGGCAUGAAUCGCGAACACAGAGAAUGUGGGAACAGCUGAAGCGUCGCUCAAGCUAUCAGGCCUUACCGCUAAUCGAAACCAAAAAGCCCAGUGAUCUCUAUAAGGACCUGCAUCAUCCCAUUUUCCAAAAUAUACGCUUAAUACAGAUGGAAAAUACGCGUGGCAUUAAUGUAACACAAACAAUUGUCACAUUAACCAAGCUGGUAACACCGCCAGCGCUGCAACAGUGUCUGCAAUUCAUCUAUACCGGCACAAUUGAAAGGGAAUUUCACAAUUUGCAGGAAAUUAAACAAGCUGCUGAUUUCUUAGAACUGCCUCAAUUGACUUUAUUACUUUCCAAGCCACAAACACUUUUAGCCAGUCUAAACGAUGAACCCAAUCAACAUUUAUGCUUUAGCAUUAAAGAGAAUAUGGAGAAACAUUGCAUUGGCGAUGGUUGCUUCAGCGAUGUCACUUUCGAGUUGGACGAUGGUCAAAUGAAGGCACAUCGCGCCAUUUUAGUUGCACGCUGUGAUGUUAUGCGCGCCAUGUUGGCUGGCGACUUUCGUGAGGCGCACUCAAGUGUGAUCGUCUUUCCCGGUGUCACGAUUUAUACAUUUCAUAAGUUGCUCUGCUAUUUGUACACAGAUGAAAUACCUCCAAUUUGCGCAGAUAAAUGCUUAAACCUUCUAGAAUUGGCUAAUCGUUUAUGUUUGCCACGCCUAUUGAAUUUGGUGGAAUGUCGUGUAAUUGAAGACUUAACAAUGAUUUCGCAGAAUGAAACAAAUGAAACGGUCGAUCAUUGUCUUAAGCUGCUGGAGCCAGUGAAGCUACACAACGCUCACCAAUUGGCCGAAUGGUGUAUGUCAUAUCUGUGUGUCAAUUACAAUAUAAUUUGUAAAUUCUCGCUCAAAGGCCUCAAAGCACUGCAUCAGGAUAAUCAAGAAUACCUGCGUGAACAUCGUUGGCCACCAGUGUGGUAUUUAAAGGAUUAUGAUUACUAUCAACGCUGCAUAAAUGAAAUGAAUAAAGAGCUAAAGAAUUCACGGCGCGAUUCGCGUAGUGAUGAUGAAGGUUGCCUCUGCUUUACUGGGGUAUUCUCUUGGCUAUUAGGCAGCAGCAGCGCUGGUAAAUCAAAGCGUGGCAACGAUCCCAAUGGCAAUGGUGGUGGUGGUACCAACGAGCAUAGCACAACAGAUAAUCAAAUUUUCAAUAGCACAGCGAAUUCAAUGAAUCACAUUGACCUCGAGGCGGCUGAGGUAGAUUUGAAUCUCUGACAUCCAGCCAUCGGGCAAAGAAGAUCACUGCGUUUCAUAGUGAUUUUGCCCGUGCUGAUUUGUUUCAUUUGUACAAUUUUAAGUAUUUUAAUACUUUUUCAAAUUUAUACAUAACAAUACCAAAAUUGUUAUAGCCAGCAUGCUGAAAAUGCUUACGACGGCCUUAUAAGGCACAAAAGUCAGCAGCAAGAGCAACGGCAACAGCAACAACAACACGAACGCGAGCAAUUCGUCAGCGUGCAAGAAGCAGCGGAACAGCAGUUAGAAAAUACAAACCUGGCAGCAGAAAGUGGCAAGAUCCAAGUAAAAGGAACUAUUUAAAACAAAACUAACAGCACUAAUUAAAAAUUAACAACAUCUUAAAUGCUCAGUUAAAAAAUCAAUAAAACCAAAUCAACCCAAGACACGCAGUUUUACGAAUCUCUCAAAUUUUUGAUUACAUCCACGCUGUCAAAACAAUUUUCACAAAUUGUAUGCAAUAUUAAAUCAAUUAACAAAAAACACCAGCAAAAUGUAUGAGCAAUAUAGUAAAUGUCUACAAACAACAAAUUAUUAACAACACAAAAGCAUAAGCGUACAUAUGUGCAUACAUAUUUGCAAAACUUAAAAUCAGCAAUAGUUGAGAAUUCUGAAUGUACACCAGUAAAAAUAGUAAAAAAAAACCGUAAACGGGGACAAAAAAAAAUGGAAUUUCGGAUAAGCGCUAAAAAUAGGGAAACUAUUGUCUAGCCAUUAGUCAUAUAAGCGAUACACAAAUAUUUAAGCGGGCAAAGUAAUACACACACACAUAAAUACAACAUUCUUAGAUGAAAACAUAUUGAGUAAAAACAAAAAUGCGAAUUAUAAUUGUAAUGCAUAGCGUAGAAAUUGAAAAUGGCAACAAACAAUAUUUCAAAAAAAAAAAUAAUAAUUAAAUCAGCUAAUUAAGUAUAGUGCCAGCUAGCCUACAAUGAAGAAAAACGGAGCAAUUCUUUACUUUAGAUGCCAUAAAAUAGAUAAAAAAUAAUAAUUUAUAAAAAUACUCUUAGGGGUUUCCGUGGUUUUAAGCAAGGUCCGAAAAUAUCAAGAUUUUUAUUCUUAGAUCUUUGCAAAAUCGUAAUUUUUUUUUUAUUUUUAUUUUUCCGAUCAAGAAUAAUCGUUAAAUUUUAAUUGUAUUUUUCCUGUCAAAUUUAAUUAGUCUGUUGUAUUUUUUUCGAUAAAAAUAAUCGUUAUUUUGGAUACUUAUUUUUCAUUCGUUUGACUACGUUCACGUUAUGAAGAAAAAAUAUUAAUUUGAAAAUAACUCUUAUAAUAUGAUAAAAAAAUAACUAUCAAAAAACAGUCCAAAAAUAACUAUCAUAAAUUUGCCGAAAAAAUAAAAAUCAUAAAACCAAAUUUCAACUUUUAUUUUUCCGGUAAAAUUUAAUCGAUAUUUGGUCAUAUUUUUUUGGUUUCGGAUUCUUAUUUUUCAAUCAUUUUUAACCGUUAUAAUGGAGACUCCGAUUUUAUAUCCGAUUGGAUCGAAAAAAAAACUAUUAAAUCUAUUCCAAAAUCUGUCGAAAAAAUAAAAAUCAUAAAAUAACGGUUAAAUUUGAUCGGAAAAUAUAAAUCUAUAUUUAACGGCUACUGACAUUAAAAUUUGGUAUUCGAAAGGGCAAUUGAAGCAAAAGGCUUAACACUGUAGGAAAACGGUUCGGCCAUGCGCUUUUCAGAGUUUUUUUAAGAUUAAUACAUUUUAAAAGUUUCACCAAGCCAAUAAUGUAAGGAAGCUAAAAUGACACACAAAAAACGCCGAGACACGUAACCUUAAUUUUGGGUCGUAGAUUACGGAUCUGCAUAGCGUUCUUCUAGAUCAAGUCAUUUUCCCAAGAUAUUUUCAUUUUAAGUCUGCUUUGCGAAUAAAAAAAAAACCCCAGUCUGUAACAUGGAAAAUGUCACUCAUACGCCAUGUGCGAGUAUGUUCGUGUACUGCCAUGUACGAUGUGGCGUAUGAGUAACAUUAUUUCCUGGCCCCAUUUCAUACAAAAAAUUAUUGCACAUUUUCAUUCAACCAUUCAAAACUAGUUUAUUUAUACAUCGAUUUUCAUCGCUAAUAGCUUGAUUUUUAAUACAAAUUAAAAAAAAAUACAAACGUUUUAUUUUUUGUUAGUUUUUUCCUUGUUAAAGUUAGAAUAUUGUUUCAUGAAAAUGAAAAUAUCUUUGUAUACAGAUCCGAAUCUAGGACCCAAUCUUAUUAAUUUCACGUGUUUCGGCAUUUUUUUGUAUCAUUUCAAAUCUUGAGAUUUUCCUUACAGUAUAAUGAUAUAUAUAAUGUAUGGAAAUCUCGCGUCUGUAGCACAAAAAUUUUAGUCGGAGAAAAAGCUGGCUUUAUGCGCAUAAAAAGAUGACAAUCUUUCAGGGCUUUUAAUCCUUUCAAUACCUGUGUCCAAUAUACUGGACGGACAAGUUAUUUUUUGCUUAAAGCUCUUUUUUUCGUAAAUAAUCGCUUUUGCUGUUAAGAGAACAGUUGAACCGGUUCAGUUGUUCUUAGCAAAAUAAGCUGGUUUAGCGGAAAACGAGAAAACGAUGGAGUACCUCCUAGUAACACACAAAGAAUCUUCGCAUAUUGGGACAUACAUCACUGAAAGUUAAAUCAUUGAAGUGUGUAGUAAUGGGUUUUCUCUACCCAGAAUCCAGCAGCAUCACCACCAAUAAUGUUAGCCUAGAGGUGAAGAAUAACUUUUGCAAAUAAGUACUAUUUUGGUCUCGGUAGGCAAUUGAAAUGUAUAUCCCUUUCUCGAUCAUGCCCGUCCUUUUCUAUGGCACAGAAACAGGACGGAUGUCAAACAAAGAUGAGAAGGCUGGAAGGUCGAGCUGUACGAUAUUUAAAAUGAAAUGAACGUAGUCAAACGCAUGAAAGCAAUGAAAAUACCAAUCAAAGAAGAAAACCUGUUUACAAUUCAUACGAGAAACGGAUCGGAGAUAGGCAAUCGAUGGAGAUUUAUGUUCUCGUCUCAGACUGACAAAUGGUUAUAGUGCCAAAAAACAAGAAGAAGAAGAACAUUUCUAUCGCCAAAAACUUCUAACAAUUACCCAACCCUCAUACAGCCAAUUUCAUAUUGCACCUUUCCUUUGUGACAUUUGAAAAUAAAGGUUUUCCAUAGGGCUUUCGUCUGCCUAAAGAACUUUAUUCAUUGAGCAGGAUUAUAAGAGGACCAGGUAACAUUCCCUGGAACCUGUUGCACAUUUUUAGGUAUACCUGCUGUGUAUAGAUUUUUUAAAGUCAAUGUUUAGUGUUGCAACUCGUAGAACCCCACUACGCUGUAAAUUAAUGCGAAUAUGGAAAUUAAACUAAGUAUAGUCCUGUAAAAGAAAAAAAUGAGUGUACAAAAGCUUCGAUGAAGCUAAUAACGUCUGCAAAGUUUGACAGGAAGUCCUAUUGGGAAGUUAACUCUCGAUUUUAAGAACAAAAAUUUAAAGUAAACUUCUGUAUUGAUAUUAUUAACUCUCCACUAUAAAAGCGGCCCUUAAUCUCAAAUUUUGGCUCUCUAGUUUAGUAGCGUACAUAUUUCAAGCAAAGGUGGGCAUUAUAAUACCAUUUGGAAAUGUAAAUAUCUACUCUGAGAACUAAGCGGCAAUCAGGACUCUUGCAUGGCUUAACAGUUACCCUUCGGUAGAACAUAAAUUCAACAGUAUAAUUAAACCUUGCCUCGACCAUUAAAUUCUUCGAGGCCAUAAGAAAUUUUUUUAGAUGAAUCUCCUUUGACUUAAGGAGAAGAGUUGGGAAUGCGGGGCGCUUAAGUAUAUCGUGUUUUUCAGCUGCUACAAUACAUAUAGGCUGCAUUUCCUUAUUCAUUCUGAACGUUUGGAAUAAACUUUUUUUGGUUACUUAUUCUUUACAACGUUCCUAAUGAUAUGUUAACAUAUAUUUCAAACGAAUUCUGUUUAUUUCGGCUGUGAAAUGGGAUUAUUCGGAAUGUAUAAAGAAACGCAGCCAUACUGAACGUUUUUAAUCCAUUUUAGUGCAACGCAGGUAAUUCAAUGUUCAGUUGGAAAUUUAUAGUGUGCGAAGUCUUCGAUAUGGAAACUCCUAAUGAAAAAUCAACAAUAGUUAUACCAUGUAUGUAUAAUAUUACAUAAUUUUGUUAACAUUUUCUCAGUAAAGGUUUAAGCACAAAAGCGAAAUUGUCGGAACCUAGUCAAUAUGCCCAAAAAAAAAAAAAUAAUAAUAAUAAUAUACGCGAAAAAAUUUUAAUAAACAAAAUAUGUAAUUUAAUUAUAGAUACCUUGAAAAUAGUAAAAGCAAAUAACUAUGAAAAAAAAAUGUUUUAAAAUUUGAAAUAAAUUUAAUAAAUCAAAAUUAAAUGAUUUAAAAUAGCAUUAAACAAAAUAAAACACAAUAAAAUUAAAUUAAAUAAAGCAUAAUAAAGUGAAACUCCUUUUUAGCUUUUCAAAAUAAAAUACUUAGCAUAAAAGCACAUUUUCUGUAAGCAGCUGGUUACUGACACAAAAAACCCUAAGGAAAUAACAUCUAUAAAAAAAAAAUUAUUUUAUAAUUUCUUUCACUAUACUGCUCGAUUACUAUCUAUGUAUGUAGCAUUCAUAACUAACUAGUUUGAGGUAAAACAAAAAGACUGCUUUUGGCUAUUUAAAUGUAAUAGGUAUCUUCCCUGCUUUCUGCUUGUGUCAGCAAUCAGCUAUGGGCGAGGAAGCUACAUUAAAGCGUGUAUAGACAGAAGUGCAUGCAUUUGUAUGUAUGUUAGGUAUGUACAACCUAUAAAUCAAUCAAUCAAUCAAUCGUAACAUAGAAACAUAGAAACACGCUCAUACACAUCGUCUACCUUUUAUCAAGCAUCGAUUCAUACAGCUAGCAAUAUACAUAUAUACAAACAUUUGCCGGCAGGUUCUGCAAUUCAAUUCCGACUUAAUUUUAGCCCCAUUCAAUGUGACUUUGGUUGAAAUUCACUCGGAAGUGAAUUGCAGAACUUGCCUGAUAUAUACCUAAAGUUAUAGUAUUAGUUUUAAAAUUACUAUUAAAAUUAAAUGUAUAUUAAUAUUAAAU